AAUAUCGACAACUCCUCCCUGUUACAUUUGACAGUAUAUUAACAGUAAUUUAUUCUUGUAGUCUGUACCAAUCGUUAUCCCAGACCGGGGGGAUGCGUAAAGGAAUGCGUCUCAUCCAGCGCGCGUACAGAUGGACAGAUGGAGCCUCGUGUUAAGUGUAGGGUUAAUACCAAGGAGGGGGCGUGGUUUAGAUCAAUAUUAAAACCGCCUCACUGUAGUCUACUGUAAAGGGAAAAAAAAAAAAAAAACACACCCACACGACUAAAAGCCCAGUCCUGAUGAUGCUAGUAAACGCCCGCCCGUCAGUGCUGGACAGCUCCGUCUCCUGAUAGCAAGAGGAGAGACAGGAUGGGAACAGCGGCUCUCCUACGACUGUGAAGCCGAGUGAGGAGACUUGGCAGAGCUCCGACUGGGCUGAUCUAAAGGAGGUGCGACCUGGACUGACUGGAGGAUCGUCAUUCUGCCUCGCCUUCUCCACAGAGCCUGGGCGAUUUCACUCAAGACGCACAUGAACAAUUCGAUACGCGGCAGGAGCAAAGUGGGAGACACGUCGGCUGCGUUUUUGUUGAAUUAAUCUAAGAAUGCAUCGGCGAGUUGCUUCGUCCAUUAUGAUGGCAACUGCCCUUACGUAACUGAGCUUUGUGGAGGGACGAGCAGAGAAAGAAACUGGGUGCCGAGCUGUUUAUUCGCAGCGGGAAAACGCAGGUGCAGAGAGAAGGCAGAAAUCACUCCAGCUGGCAGACUAUGUCCACUCAGCAUGAUCUGUGAAGCGUCCAACUAGUGUAACAUGAGCGAGGACUGCGUGCAGGGAGGAGGGGCCGUCACCGUGGAGACCGAUGCCACACUCCAUGCAGCGACCUCUGACCUCGCAACGCCUGCUGAUCUGAAAGAUGGGAAGCUGGGUGCAAACUGUAUCCACAAUUUUCUUCAAGAUGACGGGGAGAUCAGCCCGCCACCUGUGGUCGAAAAGGAAUAUUUACUGGAUGGGAGGUUGAUAGAUAAUAAUCACACGGCACAAAACAAAAAUAACGGAUCAUAUACCUCAACGUCAACAGAAACAAGUGCCCACAUUGAAACCGCUCUGCCCAACCAUUUCUCUAGCAUGCACCAGAACUGCACUGCUAGUGAAAGCCACAAUGGCGCCAGAGCUAAAGUGUCUUACCAUGCAGAUUCUUCAAUGCACAACUCCGGCCAAACUGUCCAGGAAACAGACACUUUCAAGGACAGUGGCCAGGAAGCAGAAAAAAGCUUGUCGAAAAAAGAGGAGCCAGAUUUAGUCAUUGAAGUUGGCGGACAGACAAUCAACGCACACAAGUCUGUCCUGGCUGAGAAAAGUGACUAUUUCAAAGCUCGCCUGUCACGCAACAUCCUCAAAGUGAAAGGGGUCAGCUACAAGACCAUGUCCACAUUAAUAGAUUAUGUUUACACAGCUCAUAUGAAUGUUAGCAAAGAUAAUGUCGUGGAUGUUAUCACCGGGGCUAAGAUUUUGCAGAUCCCCUGUGCCGUCCAGGCAGCUAUGGAUUGCAUGUCUGAACAAAUCACGGCAGAGAACUGCUACGAGAUACUUACAAUCGCCAAAAAGCAACGCCUAAGUGAGCUGAAAGAGACUGCGUAUGGGUUCAUGAGUGAUAAUUUCCUUCAAAUACUCAAAGACCCCUCUGUGUACGGGCGUCUCACGGGAUCUGAGAGGGACCUGGUUUUGAAGAAGAGAAUGGAGGGGAAGCAGGUGCUGAUGGUGGCGGAAGUCAAUGAUGUUUUUGAUCGCGUUGGGAGCAGACCGCCAAGCCGCUGUGGAAGUCGUCCACAGAGUCCAUUGUCGGUGGGGUCACUGGAGGACAACCAUAUGAUUUACUACUACAAUGAAACGGUAAACGACUGGACAGCCUUGACUUCGAUGCCAGAUGAUCUCAACACUAAGGGCUGUGGGAUCUGCACUAUGUUUAAUUACUUAUUCGUGGCCGGGGGGAUCAAGGGUAAUGGAGAAAAAGGUAAAGUGUCUGAUAAAGUAUUCUGUUACAACCCGAUCACCAACCGCUGGGCUGAGGUGCGGCCUCUGAUCCAGGCCCGGGCGCAGCUAAAGCUCGUGUCUAUGGACGGUUACUUGUAUGCCAUUGGAGGAGAAUGUCUGUUCACUGUGGAGAAGUAUGACCCCCGUAUGGACAGAUGGACCACAGUAGCUCCUCUCCCUAAAGGAGCGUUCGCAGUUGCCCACGAAGCCACAACCUGCAGUGGAGAGUUGUAUGUAUCUGGAGGCUCUCUGUUCUACCGGCUUCUGAAAUACGAUCCAAAGAGAGAUGAGUGGCAAGAGUGUCCCUACAACAACAGCAGGAAGAAGUCAAGCGACAUGGUGGCUCUGAAAAGCUUCAUCUACAGAUUUGAUGUGAACCGCGAGCAAGGGAUCAAUGUGUUCAAGUAUAACACCAUAGUGAAAAUGUGGCACGACUGCGCUUCACAGAAAAUAGGGAGUCUUUUGCCCUUCAGAUGCGCUGUCAUUGGGAACUGUAUCUACUGCGUGAACAAGAGCCAGACUCUGCAGUUUGUGGUGGAGGAGGAGAAUGCCUUUGUGGAGGAGAUGCUCAAGGCGCCAGUGGAGGCUCGGGGCGUGCUGUUCCCUUUUGUUCUUACUUUGCCUGAAAAGACUGAGAAAGUUACAUAAUGGUCAGGUCCAGAAUAACACUUAAGGGUGUGCUUUAGCCAAAAUUCAAUAAGCAAAACACAUUAUAUAGACUUGUAAAUGUCCACUGUGUCUCAAUGUAUUGAUGGCUGCUUGCAAUGUGAACUUUUGCAUGGGAACUUAAUGCAUCUAUGGGUGAAGCCUUAAAACUUUGUUUUGAAUGGAAGCAACAGUAUUUGAUCUGAAACUGUAGAUAUGACUUGACAAUAUGAAGGUUACAGUUGGUGGGUGUCUAAUCUCAUGAGUCUUUGUAAUGUUGUACUGUCCAUCAUGGUAUCUAAACACCCUUAUGUUUUGAAAGAGAGUAUGGGGGAAAAAAAGAUGGAUAUUGAAUGUGCAAUCUGAAUGAGAAAAGGUGAUAUGCAAAUGAAAUGGCAUUAGCUUCAAGUAAGCUUUGCUGUUAAUCAAAAUGGGAACUAGUGAAGUCUUGUACAAGGUUAAUAAGAUUUUCUAGGGUUUAACAGAAGCACUUUUGUUGUCCCGUCAUUAUGUUCUUUAUUUUUAGAUUGUUUAAGUUAAAAAUAGCAUGCUUAGUCAUGCCCAAGUAAAAGCCUCUAUAUACUAGCUACUUCAACAUCCUGGCAUCUACAUGUAGAAUAACCAGUAUGUUAUGGUUAGCCUACUUUUAUACAAAUAUACCUACUUCACUGGCCCUUAGGUCAAGUUUUUAAAUGUACUAAUUUAAUAUCUGGUUUUGUACCUAGGGGUAACAAAAUUUUAAGCACAAGUUUGGAUAGCACUAAUGUGAAUUCUUAAUAUGUCCUAUAUUAGGCUAUAAAUGAAAAAAAAAUGUGCCAAAGAGUUAAACAGUGCUAAUAACUUACUAUUACUAUUACAAUUACUAUUAUAUAAGUUUUGUCAGAAUAAAUUUACAAUAUGGACUCCUUUUAUUAAAUGCCAUUUUUUGUAUUCCCAAUUCCCCAACUUACCCAGAUUGUUGCCAAAAAAGAAAAGAGGUUAAAAGUCAAGACAAAGGCUUUUUCUGGCUGUCGAAAAUUGCUACGAGGCUUCAUCUUUGGUUAUAAACUUUAAAGACACAAAUAAAUGUGAUUUUGUUACAUCAUGGCCACCUUCACUUUGAAUGAUGUUUAUACAAUGUCCAUUUUUAGCUGCACUAAUCCUUGCAGUGCUGUGGGGGACACGUGGCUAAAUGCUUUUGAUAGAGUUUGUAUGGACAGUGUGACAGGCGUCGUUGAUGUGGUGUAACAUUUGGUAACUUGCUGGCUACACAGUCUGUAUUUUGUUACUUUUCUAUGGAGCGUGGAGCUUUUGAUAUGCUGCUGUGAUGGACAUGUUUGAGGUCGACACUUUUGUUGAUGACAUUUGAAGUGGCCUGACGAAAUAACUUUGGAUAUGUCCAAAUUAAGUGCUUCGAAUAAAACAUUUGUCUUUGAAAGAAAA